CAAUAAAAAAUCCAAUUGUCGUGAAAGCGCGACUGGUAGAGCAGAAGACAUGGUUAAUCGUCUUGGUAUUAUUUGCACAAUAGUUGUUUAGAUCUUAGAUCGCUCAGUAAAUCACGAUUUGGUUUGUCGUCAACACUGCCAGAAUAAAAUCGAAAACAUCAUUCUUAAGAUUCCACAAAAGUUUCCACAGUUGUUCGGAAUAAUGUUGAUACCUUUUUUAUUGUUCACUUACUGCAGUUCUUCCUGGGCGCUGACUAGAUCUCCAGGAUUAUAUCAGCUGACCCCACCAAUUGAUCACGCAGAGGGCCCCACUUGGGAUCCACGAAAAGGACUACUUUUCUACGUGGACAUUCAUGCUGGCACAGUUUUGAGUUAUGAGUAUUGCAGCGGAAAAACUCACUCCUUAUCUUUAUACGGAGAUGUCACUCCAGUUAUACCCUCGAAAACAGAAAAUAUAUUUUUGGUCGGUUUGAACAGAUCUGUGGUCGCUUUAGAAUGGGAUGGAAAGGACAAGAUCGGUAAACAGAAGAUUCUUGCCACAGUAUCGCCACAAUAUCCAAGCAGUAGGUUCAACGAUGGCAAGGCGGAUAAAAGAGGAAGGCUAUGGUUUGGAACAAUGGGAUAUGAGAAUUCUUCAGGAGUGCUGCCCGAUGAAGGUCUACUUUAUAAAUUUACGAAAGAAAAUUAUAAAAAACCUACCCCCGUGAUUGCUCCAGUAAACAUAAGUAAUGGCUUGGCUUGGAACAAGAAAAACGACAAAUUUUAUUAUAUUGAUACACCUACCCAGAAAAUUGUCGAGUAUGAUUACGAUGACGAGAAAGGAGAGAUUAAAAAUAAGAGAACUGUUUUCGAUAUAAGAAACCAGUCUCAUAUUACUGGAUACCCAGAUGGUAUGACCAUCGAUGAGGACGAUAACUUAUGGGUAGCGCUCUAUAAUGGGGGUGCUGUUAUUAAAAUCAACCCUAAAACUGGAAAAUUAUUACAGGUUAUUGCAAUACCAGCUCAUGCGGUUACAUCUGUGGCUUGGGGUGGCCCUAAAUUAGACAUUCUAUUUGUAUCAACGUCCAGAUUUACUUUGAAAUCUGAAGAGAGAAAGCAACAACCUGCAGCUGGAGCAAUUUUUGCUAUCACCGACUUAGGCACAAGAGGUCUACCUGCUUUUGAAGCCGACAUUAUUGAUGCCAUUUGAAAUAUUGAUAUACUAGAGGCCGUAUUCAAUUGAUACUCAAAACAAAUAAUAUUUGUUUAUGAUAUUGUUGGUAUUUAAACCAAGAUUCAUUCUUGAAAGUUAAUGAUUUAAAAGCUAUAUUUGUAUAUCAUUGAAUACAAUUGUAUUUAAUCAAUUUCGAGUGAGAUAUACUUCAAGCAUUAUCGAAACAAUAAAUAAUAAAAUACAUAUUCAGAU